AUGUCGACCUCACCAUCCCCACUCCCGAGCCUGCAAUCAGAUGAAGAUGUUAGUGAUUCCAUGUCAUCCGAUUUUUCAAGUGAUAUGGUUCCAAAUAACAUUUGCAAAACAGAGACACCACAAAAGAAUUUAUACAAAAUAAAUUCUCUCACUUCUCAUGGAGUAGAAGAUAUACUUUCGGAUGGAGUAAAUUACAUCACACAAGAAAAUACGUUUCAAGAGUGUAAGGCUGAAGCGAUUUCAGCUAUAGCAAACUCAUUUGUACAGGAUUAUAACUCAAGAGAUUCGACAGGAUUUAGCAUACACGACAUUCUUGGACUGCAACAAUCGUAUGCUGCUCAAGGUGAAUUGGAAACUAGAUAUGAACACCAAACAGCUCAAUAUGAUAAUGUAAGCAAUAGCUCAAAUAAUAAUUAUGCAUCGGGUAAUGAUGAAGUUCUACCAGAACAAUGCUUUAGUAAAAAAGAUUUGUUUACUUCAAAUGAUGUUGAAAAUCAAGAUAUUUAUAUAAUACAUAACUAUACAAGAAAUGAACCCGUUGAAUGUCUUCAGAGAGGUGAUUUGGGCAACGCGGUUAUAAAAGAUUCUAAAAUAGAACACGACUUGAACGAACCAAAUUUUUCUAAACAGAGUUCUACCUGGUGUAAUAAAUCACCAAUGGUUAACAAUCAAAAUAUAAGCGCAACUUCACCAGUAUCAAACGAUAUGUCGACUGAUUCAUCAUCGUACCCAAAAGGAUUUGCAAAAAGAGCACGGACCGCUUAUACAAGUUCACAGUUAGUUGAAUUGGAAAAUGAAUUUCACCAAAAUCGUUACCUUUGUCGGCCAAGACGUAUCGAAUUAGCCAACUACUUACAAUUAUCAGAAAGACAAAUAAAAAUAUGGUUUCAAAACAGACGCAUGAAGUACAAGAAAGACAAUAAACAUAAUAAACCAACUUCGUCAGUGGAUGAUAACAGCUCUGCGACCAGCUCUAAAGGCUUGUCACAAAAUGAAGAUCACAAAAUAAGUCAUGGAAGAAACUGUGGAGGUCACGACCGUCACAGACGAUUACUAAUGGAUGGCCAUGCCAGUCAUCAUAAAAUUUAUCUUUCUUCUAAUGAAACACUCUCACGGCCUCCAGAAUAUUCAUCAGUUUCACAUUUAAAAUCGGGUUUGAAAGAUCCUCCGAAUAAUAUUGAAUUACCAGCUUAUACACCUAAUCUGUCUUAUUCCUCGUAUUAUUCGGCUGGAGUCAGUAGAAAUGCCUACUCACCGGUAUCUGAAGUUUAUCGAUACAGCAACGAUGAAUCACUACAACCAAGUCCACAUACAUUGUCUACGAUGCAAUCGGAUACUUACGUUCCUAACGGUGUCAAUUUUAAACUAACUGAUGAUAUGGGACGAUAUCCGUCCGGAACCACCUAUUAUCCACUUUCAAAUGGAGUUGUGAUGCCUUCUACUAUUGCUGAUACUUAUGUAUAUAGUUCAACUGUGCCUACUUUAAGCUCUCACACAUACGAAGAUAACACUUCGUAUAAUAGGAGCAACUUACAGUUGCCACAAGAUUCCUACUUUCAAUAUUUGUCAACUUCCGAUACCACUAAUCAACACAGUUCAUCAACUACAAACAAAUACCCGUCCUAUAUAGCUUUGUAA